CUUUCAAUCUUUUUCAAAUUCACACUUGUAUAUUUCUUUCAUUUGCUUUUGUCACCUUCGUUAUUUUGUUCUAUCUAGCUGUUUCUUUAUCCUCAAAUGACGUAUACAAGACAAGAGAUAAGAAAUGGUACACCUAUACUUUUUUAAGAGACGCGGCGAGUGUGUGUGCGUGCGCGCGCGCCGGGAAGUAAACAAUAGGAACGAGUAGCGCGUAGAUCGGUUGCGUGUUUAGACGAUAUUUAAAGCGGCGCCGAUUCUGGCGUCGCUUCAGAAGACAAAACAAAAUCUGAGAGAGAAAUUUAGAAGACACACCGAGAAUCGUGAAUCUCCGGUCACGGUCGAGAACGACAGAAGUUUUUUUUACGAAUACGACUAAAAACAUAACCUUGUAUUUCCGUCGCCGUCGCCGCGCAAAUGUGACAUUUUUUCGCGUUUUAAGGACCGCGCGCAAAGCCGCCGAUUGUUGUUUUGACGAAGGACGAUCGAACGAUCUGAACUGCGUGAUCGAUGUGAACGCGCGAACGAGAAAACGAGAGAAAAAACAUGUGCGACAAGUAUGUUAUCGGAUAUUGGGUACCCGAGAGAAAACGGCAAAAGUUUAAUUGGACAGAUUUCGAAAAAGUUUGCAAAACCGAAGGAUUCGAGUUGAAAUUGAUCGAUGUAAAUUCAAGCCUCGAAAAACAGGGACCAUUACAUGUUUUUCUACACAAGCUGACAGAAACACAAUCCCAUGCGGAAAAAGGAGAUAAGAGUGCUACAGAUAUUAUUUCACGAAUUGAAGAGUACAUUGCCAAACAUCCUGACCUGAUUGUUAUUGAUGCUCUAGAUAAUUUUCAAAACUUACGCAGUCGGGGUAGAACUUACGAAUUUAUACAAGAGGGCAUUCGGUGUAAAGAUAUAUUUACUCCCAACUUUGUAGAGAUCAAAAGCAGAGACGUUUACGAAAUAGCGUUAACAUUAAAAAAACGUGGUAUUAAGUAUCCAUUUGUUUGCAAGCCCCUCAUUGCGUAUGGUUCAAGUGACGCGCACAAGAUGAUGAUCAUCUUUGACGAAGAGGACUUGAAAGACUGUCAACCACCUUGCGUUGCUCAGAAUUUUAUCAAUCACAAUGCUAUUUUAUACAAGGUAUUUGUCGUGGGCGAUCAUUUUCACGUGGUCGAGCGUCCUAGCUUCAAGAACUUUUAUCAGGAAGACUGUAAUUUGUUAAGUACAAUAUUCUUUAAUUCACACGAUAUAUCGAAAAGUGGGAGUAGAUCCAAGUGGUCUGUACUGUCCGAACAAGACAUUCCUUUAACCGCGAAACCAAAUUACCAAAUAUUUGAAACUAUUGUUAAGAGUGUUCAGAAAAUAUUUGGGCUUAUUCUAGUUGGCAUAGAUGUAGUAAUUGAAAAUCACACUGAGAAAUAUGCGAUAAUAGAUGUCAAUGUGUUUCCUGGGUACGACGGUUACCCGAAUUUUUUCGAGCAUUUAACUGACAGCAUUAAAAAAUUGUUGAUAGAGCGAAGAACAAAGUGUAGACAAAGCUCUAAAGAUUGUAUGUUGAAAAAAUGUCAGAGCGACGAUCUAGAUUCCGAUUACGACGAGAAAAGAAAAUGUUCCACUACGUAAGUGCAUAAUAUGUGAUAGAUAAUAUUGAAACAAUUAAGUUACAAUUGGUUGAGACAGUGGUAUUGUUAUCCGUCGUUAUAUUAUUUUUUGCCAUCUGGGUAGCUAUUACGAAAUUUUUUGAAAUCGAUUUUACUCGCAAUGAUUUCAACUUAUAUUUGUUUUUUUCCUUACAUAGGAAAAUAAAUCAAAUUGUUAUAAUUCUGAAAUGAUUUUAUAUAUAAUAGGUACCCUGAUCUAUAUUAUGAAAAUAUUAUGCUCUUAGUGUUCGUCUCUUUUCCUGCUCCCCAGUUCCUUAAUUUUUUUUUAAGGAUAAAAACGUAUAGAGUAUAUAAUAUAAUACAAUAAUAAAAAUGUUUUGUUACAAUAUAAUCACCACGAAAUGUGUGCAUUUAAAUAAUCGUUUGCUACUUUAAAUCACACAUCUAUUUUAUAUGUAUUUUAAAAUAAAUUCUACCCGGUAAAAUCAAUAUGUAAAGACAAUGACUGCCAGAGAAGAUAUUUUGUACGUUUUAUGUGUAUACAAUUUUGUAUUUCUGCGUCGAUGUUAUACGUGCCUGUGUGUGCACUCGAACAUGGAAUAUGCAAACGGACACUUAGAAACUAAUCGGUCUGGUUGCGACAGUAACGUGAUAACUGUAUUUUCGCAUAAAUUAGACGAAUAGCUUUUCAGAUUUUGUUUGUUAAACGAUGGUGUCGAUUUCAUAUUUGAAAUUUCUGUCGCAAUUUUACCGAUUGAUUUCAAAAUGACUAGAGAUACCAGUGAUAUAUAGUAAAUUCGAAGAAAUUCUUUUGUAAAUUAUACAUACGUUUUAUUCAGUUAUGCAUUGUAUAUAACAUAGAACUCGAUAUUACCUGUUUAAUUAAUUUAUAUGUACAUAUAUUUUAUAUAUAUAUACAUAUAUGUAUAUAUGUAUAUGUGUGAAUAAAUUGUACAGAAGCAUGGAAAAGAAACAGUUACUUCAAACAAGUGAGAUGUAUAAUAAAGAUUAUAUAUUUUAA